AUGGUAUCAACUCAGUCGAGUAAGCAACAAGAUCAACAUGAUCAUUAUCGGCGAUAUCGAAGUCGAUUUUACAUCAUUAUGGUGUGCAUUUUUAUCAGUUAUGCAUCAUUGGUGGUUGGGCGUCGUGCGUUUGCUUUUUGUAAGCCUGCUAUGUUGCAAAUGGAAGAUUUGGAUGAAACCAAUCUAGGCUGGAUUACAUCUGGAUUCUAUUUGACAUAUGCGAUCAGCAAGUGUUUUGCUGGUAUCAUCGCCGAUUCAUUUAGCUCACGUUUAUUUUACCCUGUUUGUUUGUUCGUUAGUAGCAUCUUUUGUGCAGCUUUUGCAAUGUCUACUCAGUUUUAUCAGUUGGUUUUAUUUUGGAGCUUAGAAGGAUUAAUCCAAGGUUUCGCUUGGCCUACCUGUGGUAAAUUAUUAAUGCAUUGGUGUCAGUCUGAUGAACUAGCAACAUGGUGGAGCUUCCUCUCUGGAAGUAGCAACGUUAGCGGCUUAAUUUCUCCAAUUCUAUUACCUAUCAUUAUCAAUAGCUACGGUUGGAGAUGGUGUUUCUAUGGUACUACUUUACUAUUGGUUAUGGCAGCAGUACUAAAUUUCGUUUGCCUUGUGGAUUCACCUAUCGAUAUUGGAUUAUCUCAAUAUGAUGGCGUUAUUCAAAGGCAAGCUAACGUAAGCCCAAAAAAUAAAAAUAACGAGCCAAAAAAGAAUCAAGAUGAACUCGAUGAUCAAAUCAAUUGGUUACAUAUUGUGGUAUAUGAUCCGCUGCCUAAUUUUCUCCAUCUAUCAUAUAUGAUUUGCACUUUCUUGGAGAAAUCUUUAAUCGACUGGACACAGUUGUAUCUUAUGCAAGAUAAAAAUUACACUGAAGUUUCAGCUGCUGCCGCGAUUGGUUCAUUCGAUAUUGGAGGAAUUACUGGAACUCUAGUAGCUGGUUAUAUCUCCGAUUCGCUAUUGAAUUGGCGACGGAAAGAUCGUUCAGAACCACUUAGUGCUAGCGACAGAGUUUUUUUUACCAUGUUUAUUGCCGGGAUAUGUUUUAUCGCCUUUCUGAUUCUUCUCCUUCAACCUUCAAAUGCUGAUAUGGUAAUUGUGCAUGUGUCACUGUUUUUUCUUGGAUGUACUAUUUGUGGAAUUAUCUCAUUACUAGGCGUUGUUUCUAUGGAGAGUGUCCCUGCUAGUAUUGCAGGGAGAUCUCAUACCGUCUUAACACUUUUUGGCAAUAUUGGCGGCAUUUCAUCUGGCUAUCCGGUUAGUUUAGUUAUAAAGAUGUUUGGUUGGACACAAGUUAUUCGAUUAUUCACUGGACUGGCACUAGUGCAAACAGUUUUUACGAUUUCGGAAUUGACUUAUUAA